AUGAAUACAAGUGAUCAAUCGACAAUUGAAUAUCUCAAUUUCAUCAAAUAUGAAUUAAAUCGUUAUAUUCCAAUAACACUUCUUAUUCUUGGAAGUAUUGGUCAUAUAUUAAAUAUAUUAGUUUUUACUCGUCCAAUAAUUCGAACAAAUUCAUGCUCAAUCUAUUUUGUUAGUGGUAGUAUUGUAAAUUUUAUUUCUCUUUAUGUUGGUUUAAUAACACCUUUUCUCGGAACAUAUGAUCUUGAUCCAACACAAAUAUUUGAUAUUUUAUGUAAAAUACGUUUUUAUCUUCGUUAUACAACAAUUACACUUUCAACAUGGUUUAUACUUUUGGCAUGUAUUGAUCGAUUAUUUUCAACUUCUAAUAAUGUUAAUAUGCGAUUAUGGAGUUCACUACGUUUAACUAAACGUAUUGUCAUUUUAGCUACUAUUAUUUGUUUUAUUUGUCCCUAUACACAAGUAUUUUAUUGUUACACAACAAAUCAAAAUUCAUCGUGUACAUGGCAAAAUGCAACAUGUAAAUUAAUAAAUGAUCUUAUUUUACUUAUAUUGAAUUCUGGUUUACCGCCUAUAUUAAUGAUAUUAACAAGUAUAUUAACAAUUCGUAAUGUUAAAUAUUCUAAUCAUAUUGUUGUUGGUCGUCGGCGAAAUGUACAAUUAAUACGAUUAUUAUUUAUACAAGUAUUUUCUUUAAUUCUAUUUGGAAUACCAAUAACAGCACAAAAAAUUUAUACAUGUGCGACAAUUUUUAUGUUAAAAAGUCCAUUAACCAUAGCUAAUGAUAAUCUUAUAAGUCAAAUAGCUAUUGAAAUUUCUUAUGUUAAUAAUAGUACAAUAUUUUAUACAUAUUCAUUAACAAGUAGAAAGUAUCGAAAAGAAGUUUUUCGUAUUCUAUCAUUAUUAUUUACACAUUGUCAAAAUGUCAAAAUACAUCCUGAACAAUCUAUUGGCUCAUUAAGAAUAAAUCAAAAUAAAAUAAUUGCAAAAAUGUCUAAUGAAUCAUAUAAAAUGAAUGUCCGAAAUAGAGCCGGAAAACUUUGA